AUGUUAUCACCAUUAUCAUCGAAUGAUGAUGACAAUGAUUCAAAUGUCAUUGAUUUAUUCUAUCACUUACGUAAAGAAAAUGACAUAGAAAAAGUUCGAAAUAUUUUACCAUUUAUUAGCAACAUAAAUAUUAUAAAUAAAAUUCAAAAUUUAACUGAUUCAACAUGUUUAUAUGUGGCAUAUUAUUAUGGACAUCGACAUAUGGCACAAAUUUUAUUAGAAUAUGGGGCUGUACAUUCCAUAAGAAAUUUACGACAUAAUUUAACGCCCUAUGAAGUAACUUAUACAGAUGAUAUAAAACAAUUGUUUGUAGAAUAA